UUCUACCAGGGGGCAGGGCCUAGCUCCUUCCCAGCAGUUGGAGCAAGCGGGGCGGGCGUUCACAAAGGCCCUGAGGGCUGCGGAGGAAGUCCGCUGGGGGAUCGGAGGGAGACCACCGAACUCCUCCCUUCCUGUUCCGACCUCGCCCCUUCCCCCUGCGCGUUUGCUCCCCCGGCGGAUGCGUCCGCGACCUCGGCCUCAGUAGUUCUUCCUGCCUCUCCGCACUGCCUGCGCCGGGCCGGACGAUGCCCAAGAAGCUGCUGCUGCUGCCCCCGCUGUCCGUAUCCUCGACCUUUCGCGCCCUUCGAGCCCGACCCGCCGCCUUCCCAACCAUGAACGCCGCCCGUACGGGAUACCGCGUCUUCUCGGCCAACUCCACGGCUGCUUGCACCGAGCUGGCCAAGCGCAUCACGGAACGUCUUGGUGCCGAGUUGGGAAAGUCUGUUGUAUACCAGGAGACAAAUGGAGAAACAAGAGUUGAAAUAAAAGAAUCUGUUCGUGGCCAGGAUAUCUUCAUUAUACAGACAAUACCAAGAGAUGUGAACACGGCUGUUAUGGAGUUACUGAUCAUGGCCUAUGCGCUGAAGACUGCCUGUGCCAGAAAUAUUAUUGGAGUCAUCCCUUACUUUCCCUACAGCAAACAAAGCAAAAUGAGAAAGAGAGGUUCCAUUGUGUGCAAGCUCCUAGCUUCCAUGUUAGCCAAAGCAGGUUUAACACACAUAAUAACUAUGGAUCUUCAUCAAAAGGAAAUACAAGGCUUUUUCAGCUUUCCUGUGGACAACCUUAGAGCAUCACCUUUCCUACUUCAGUAUAUCCAAGAAGAAAUCCCAAAUUACAGAAAUGCAGUCAUUGUAGCCAAGUCUCCUGAUGCUGCAAAAAGGGCCCAAUCAUAUGCUGAGAGACUUCGCCUGGGUUUAGCUGUAAUACAUGGAGAAGCUCAGUGUACAGAGCUCGACAUGGAUGAUGGACGUCAUUCUCCUCCAAUGGUCAAAAAUGCCACUGUCCACCCUGGUCUUGAGUUGCCUUUGAUGAUGGCCAAAGAAAAACCACCAAUCACUGUAGUUGGAGAUGUUGGAGGGAGGAUUGCCAUCAUAGUGGAUGACAUCAUUGAUGAUGUGGAAAGUUUUGUAGCUGCUGCUGAGAUACUCAAAGAGCGAGGUGCCUACAAGAUUUAUGUCAUGGCCACUCAUGGCAUCUUGUCUGCAGAUGCUCCCCGCCUAAUUGAGGAAUCAUCCAUUGAUGAAGUAGUGGUGACCAACACUGUUCCUCAUGAAGUACAGAAGCUGCAGUGUCCCAAGAUAAAGACUGUUGAUAUCAGCUUGAUUCUUUCUGAAGCAAUACGGAGAAUCCACAAUGGGGAAUCCAUGGCUUACCUAUUUAGAAACAUUACUGUAGAUGACUAGAAUCCAGACUUGCUUUUGUUCUGGGGCUUUUGAGGAAAAAAGGCAGGGCCAUCAGUUAUGUAUAUUAAGUUUUUUUGGGGGAGGAGAGUGCUGGAGGUUUCUUGGAGCGAUGGUGGAGAAGCAAAAGAACAUUAAAUUGAGCAGUGUUUAUACCAGAAACUUUCUUUUGCCAUGUGGAGAAGCAUUGUGAUGGAGAUGAUUUAAUGCUGAAUAAGUGAGUAGGCUGAAGGAUCUCCUACCAAUCCAUUUCUUUUUAUAAAAGCUAUUAAGGCCCUAUGCUUAAAAUGAAUCCAUUUCAAAGACUUAACUGAAACUGUUUCAUAACCAAACUAAUUGGUUUAUUUCUUAGAAAAUGGGUUCUUACGUUGAAAUCGCUUCUACAAAUAGAAUACUUGCCUGUAGCAAUUAUGAAUCAAGUUAUCUCUUUCCUUAAGAAAGGAGUAAGUAUUCUGUGUCAUUUAAGAAUGUGAGAUUUCGUGGGGCUAAAUACAUUUAGAAAGUAGUACAGUAAUAUCAAGAUUGGGCUGUCUAGCCUAUGAAUCUGGCCGCCUAUAAUAUAUGCAGGGUUUUUUCAAAAUUGCAAAUUAAAUAACUCGAUCUUUACCUAACCCCACUACAUUGCAGAAGCAUGUGCCUUGCCCCUUUCCCCCUUAUAUUUGCCCAUCCCAUCUAAUGUCCUUUCCCAUCCGACUACAUGAAUGAGGUGUGUGUGUGUAUGAUGAGUACUAGGAACUAAAAUGAUAAAUUACUGCAUUACAAAUUACAUGGCAAUAUGAGAUUAAAAUCUCUUUAUUAGCUCACAAUACUGGGUGCUGUGUGAAUAGAUUCCUGCUUUUGCCUAUACUAACUAAUCUCAUCCCUUCCAAUCAAGGGCCAAUCAUCUGUGGGAUGUGAGUGUAGCCUUCCUCCUAAGCAAUGAAUGUCACUGACCUAGAACUCAUUUCAUUUCAUUCGUUGUUUGAGGGUUAGGAAGCACAAAUGGACUACUGUGCAGUUGCAUUUCUUUGUCCCAGCAUGAAGGUUUUCAUCUUUCUUCAAUAAGUUGCUAACUCUCCAGAUAAAACUUUUUAGCCGGUUUAAUUUUGUUCUUCUGGAGCUGCCUUUUACUACUGAUCCUGAUUGUCCUGGAUAGGUAGAAUUUUGGUUGGAAAGACCCUAAGGAUUUAGGAAAAGCAAUACAGUUUGGGUGGAGCCCUAGAUGAAGUAGGCCUUUAGAGGUCAACUAGUUAUGUAACACUGAGAACAUUAUCUCUCUGGACAGAUCAUGCCUCCACUAGUAAGACAGGAAGGUAUGGCCUGGGAUCAUUUCAGUUUCUAGAGUCUAAUCUGUUGGCCUCUACCACUUACAAAUUUUUGCAUUUGAUUCUGAUACUAUGUUGUAAACAUUCUGUAUUGAAGUACAAAGUUCCUUUGUGGCCAAAAUGUAUUAUUUCUCCACUUUUGUCAAAAUUUGUUGUCUGGAAGGCUGGUUUCAGUAAUUCUGGAGCAAAAUAAUCACACCAUGGUUCUCCAUGGAUUGAUUGAGCUGAAUGAGCGAGUUUUGUGGUGCUUGCUGUCAUGGGAAUCUGCUAGGGUGUAGAGAAGUGUUUGUUUUUGUUUUUGAGUUUUUUUGAGUUAAAUGAAUAAAUCUGCAGUGGAGCACCUGUUCGCUCAAUUUCCAUUGACCUUUCAAUUCCAGUCUAUCAAAAGUUAGCUGAGUUAACAUUCCAUUUUUUAUAAUCACUACCCCCAUUUUAAUAAAGUCAGUAGCUUAAGAA